AUGCUCAAAGGAGGUGACAGGAGGCCAGACGAGCCAGAACUGCUGCUGCAGCUGAAAACAUCUGGGUCAGAAAAGCGCAACCAGAUACAGUAUCCCAGGCUAAAACGAAACAAUGCCAGUAUAGUAGAGGGGAUUUGGUGAGCUGGGCUCCAGAGCUACAUUUUCAGGACAAAUUCACAAUCGGAACACUUGUGGAAUUUCACUGUCUGUCUGUCUCAAUCUCCAGUAACUGUGUCAAUCUGUCCCUAUGUUUUCUCCAGAGUACAACAUGGUAUGUAAAGUGUAUGUGUGUGUGUGUGUGUGUGUGUGUGUGUGUGUGUGUGUGUGUGUGUGUGUGUGUGUGUCUGUCAAAGCAAACGCUCCCCUCAGGUAUAGCUUCAAAUCAUAUCACAUUUUAUUAGUCACAAGCUUCAUAAACAACAGGUGUAGACUAACAGUGAAUGCUUACUUACGGGCCCUUCCCAACAAUGCAGAAAGAAAGAAAAUAGAGAAAUAAUAGAAAAGUAAAACACGUAAUAAUAAAAGUAAUAAUAAAUACACAAUGAGUAACGAUAACUUGGCUAUAAACAAGGGGUACCAGUACGAAGUCGAUGUGUAGGGGUAUGAGGAUAUUAACAUAAUUGUACAUAUAAUACAUGGACGUCAACAGGACCAAAAGUGACUAGUUUGGGUCAACAGUUGUGCAAAAAAAAAAAAUUUAAACCCUUUCCCCUUAUUUUUCCCCCUUUAUUUCCAAAAAAUUCUCUUCUCCGUUUUAAAUUUCCCCAAAAAUUUACUUUUCCGCCGGGAAAUUUAGUUGUGUUGUUGACUUGCGCCCCGGGUUUGGGGAAGGAAAAAAAAAAAACAGGAAAAAAAAGGUGGGGGGCGAGAAGAGGGUGGGGGUGGGGAGGAGAGGAGAGAAGAGGAGAGAAAAGGAGGGAGGGACGAGGGGGAGAGGGGUGGAGAGAGAGAGGGGGAAAAGAGGAGAGAGGGGGGAAAAGGGGAAAAGGGGGAGGGAAUAGGAUAGAGAGAGAGGGGAAGGGGAGAGAGAGAAAAAAGGAAGGAAAAGAGAGGGGGGAAAGGGUAAAAGCCGAGCAGGAGAGAAGGGGAGAGUAGAGAGAGAGAAAAGCGAAAAGAGGGGGGAGGAGGGAGAGAGAGAAAGGGGGAGGUUCUUUUUAUCUCUCUCUCUCUCUUUUGGAGUUCCUCUUCUCUAUGAGAGUCUCAUUUAUUCAUGCUGGUGGGGGGAGGCGCCAUUUUCGUCGACUGCCAAGAACUCCUUAAAAAUGAAAAAGUAACUCAGCCGCCUAGUUAAAGAAAAUAAAUGAAACAGCUCACUGCCUUGCUGCUACACUGGCUGAUUUAAAGCCUGUUAAGAUGGGAACCACUUACAGUGGGGGAAAAAAGUAUUUAGUCAGCCACCAAUUGUGCAAGUUCUCCCACUUAAAAAGAUGAGAGAGGCCUGUAAUUUUCAUCAUAGGUACAUGUCAACUAUGACAGACAAAUUGAGAGAAAAAAAUCCAGAAAAUCACAUUGUAGGAUUUGUUAUGAAUUUAUUUGCAAAUUAUGGUGGAAAAUAAGUAUUUGGUCACCUACAAACAAGCAAGAUUUCUGGCUCUCACAGACCUGUAACUUCUUCUUUAAGAGGCUCCUCUGUCCUCCACUCGUUACCUGUAUUAAUGGCACCUGUUUGAACUUGUUAUCAGUAUAAAAGACACCUGUCCACAACCUCAAACAGUCACACUCCAAACUCCACUAUGGCCAAGACCAAAGAGCUGUCAAAGGACACCAGAAACAAAAUUGUAGACCUGCACCAGGCUGGGAAGACUGAAUCUGCAAUAGGUAAGCAGCUUGGUUUGAAGAAAUCAACUGUGGGAGCAAUUAUUAGGAAAUGGAAGACAUACAAGACCACUGAUAAUCUCCCUCGAUCUGGGGCUCCACCAAGAUCUCACCCCGUGGGGUCAAAAUGAUCACAAGAACGGUGAGCAAAAAUCCCAGAACCACACGGGGGGACCUAGUGAAUGACCUGCAGAGAGCUGGGACCAAAGUAGCAAAGCCUACCAUCAGUAACACACUACGCCGCCAGGGACUCAAAUCCUACAGUGCCAGACGUGUCCCCCUGCUUAAGCCAGUACAUGUCCAGGCCCGUCUGAAGUUUGCUAGAGUGCAUUUGGAUGAUCCAGAAGAGGAUUGGGAGAAUGUCAUAUGGUCAGAUGAAACCAAAAUAUAACUUUUUGGUAAAAACUCAACUCGUCGUGUUUGGAGGACAAAGAAUGCUGAGUUGCAUCCAAAGAACACCAUACCUACUGUGAAGCAUGGGGGUGGAAACAUCAUGCUUUGGGGCUGUUUUUCUGCAAAGGGACCAGGACGACUGAUCCGUGUAAAGGAAAGAAUGAAUGGGGCCAUGUCAUUUUGAGUGAAAACCUCCUUACAUCAGCAAGGGCAUUGAAGAUGAAACGUGGCUGGGUCUUUCAGCAUGACAAUGAUCCCAAACACACCGCCCGGGCAACGAAGGAGUGGCUUUGUAAGAAGCAUUUCAAGGUCCUGGAGUGGACUAGCCAGUCUCCAGAUCUCAACCCCAUAGAAAAUCUUUGGAGGGAGUUGAAAGUCUGUGUUGCCCAGCGACAGCCCCAAAGCAUCACUGCUCUAGAGGAGAUCUGCAUGGAGGAAUGGGCCAAAAUACCAGCAACAGUGUGUGAAAACCUUGUGAAGACUUACAGAAAACGUUUGACCUGUGUCAUUGCCAACAAAGGGUAUAUAACAAAGUAUUGAGAAACUUUUGUUAUUGACCAAAUACUUAUUUUCCACCAUAAUUUGCAAAUAAAUUCAUUAAUAAUCCUACAAUGUGAUUUUCUGGAUUUUCUUUCCACAUUUUGUCUGUCAUAGUUGACGUGUACCUAUGAUGAGAAUUACAGGCCUCUCUCAUCUUUUUAAGUGGGAGAACUUGCACAAUUGGUGGCUGACUAAAUAUUUUUUUCCCCACUGUAUGUGAAAUGUGUGUAGCGUCACUCCCACCACCCUAAUGCAAUGUGUGUGUACCUUCAUGCUCACCCUAAGAUAUGUGGUUAUUUAUAACCAAGGCUUUCUCACUUAAAAAUGUGCAGUGUUUUCAUGCAAAGUUAUGGUGUGUUUGUGUUGUGUUUUGUUUGGAGGCAUGGUUGUCGACUCAACCCAGCAGCAUCUACUUUGUUAUCACUAGACCUCAAAUCACUAGUCGCAAGGGUUACUCCUGGCUGUUGAUUGAUCAAUGAAUAACAUUGAUUGGCCAAAUAGUUCACUCACCUUAGUGUCCCAGGUCUAAAUCAGUCCUUGAUCAGGUGGUGAGAACCAGAACUGUUUUGGUCCUCCAGGACAGUAAUUGAAUAGCCCUGACUCCUGGCCUGCUGUAUUCACAUCCACUAUCCUGGCUGGAGUUAGUGAACUGGACUAUUGGGAUGAGUUUGAGAGACAGGAAGGCUCAGUCAGCAUGUUUAUCCAUUACAGUAGUAUACUCUCUCUCUCAGUCUCUAAGGUUGUCACUCACCAUAACCUGACAUCUCUCCUUGCUGCUCAGGAAUGACACUUGAAUCAUGCAGCUCAGGACCCCCUCACUUUCUCUACAACAAUCCUUAUCUCUCGCUUGCUCGCUCGCUAUCUCUCUAUCUCUCUCUCUCACUCUCACGUAAUCUCAGACACUCACCUAGCAACUCUCCUAGGAUCCCAGCCCCACUCCCUCCCUCUCCUCUCGUUGUCUCUCUCUCUCUCUCCACCUCUCUCUCACUUUCAACACUCCCCUAGCAUUUCUCUUAGGUUCUCAACCCCCACACUUCUCCUCCUAUCCUAUCCUACCUCUCUCUCUCCACCUCUCUCUCACUUUCAAACACUCCCCUAGCAUUUCUCUUAGGUUCUCAACCCCCACCCUUCUCCUCCUAUCCUACCUCUCUCUCUCUCUCCUCUGACGCAGCUCUGUCUGUCUGCCCCAGGGGCUGUUCCACUCAUUUUAGCCUGGCACUGAAGCAGAGGCACAGAUGGGUCUCUUUCUUGUUAUUCUCAUUUUUAUGCCAAAAUGCUCCCUCUCUCCUCCCCCCUUUCCCAUUUUCACCUUCCUCCUCCCCCCGUUCCCCCUCUCUCCUCCCCCCUUCUCCUUCCUCCCCUAGUCCCCUUCCCUUUCCCUCUUGUUCCCUCUGUCUCUCCUUGUAUCCAUCCUCAUUCCAUCCUUUUCUCCAUCUUACCGCUCCUUCCAACACUUUUUCUCUCUCCUCUCCUUCCCUCCUUUCCUAGAUCUCUCCUCUCCUUUCCUCCUUUCCCUACUCACUCCUUUCCUCUGUCUCUCCUCUUCGUCUCUCCUUUGCUUUCCUCCUCACUCCUUGCUUCCCUCCCUUGCCUUUUGUGUGACAUUUCACAUCUUUCUCCUUAUCCCAGACUUACAGCCAUAGUAAACGUAUGACUUAAGAAAAGAACGGCGAGAGUGUUCUCCUUUGUUGGCAUUUACUGGCUACAAUAGUCAAGGCUGGAGUGAGUUGAGCUGUACGUGCGUGUGUGUUUGUCUUUGUGUGUGUGUGUGUGUGUGUGUGUGUGUGUGUGCCGGCGCGGCACGGUGAAGGUCAGUGGAGAGAGAGAGCCUCAGUGGGCUGUGAUAAAUGCAGUAAGAUGGGGAGUAGGCAGACCCAACGCUGUAGGCACACACACACACACACACACACACACACACACACACACACAGACAAACACACACAUACACACAUUUUUAUAACAGUAGCAGCAGACUCUGGUCUAGCUGUGUAUAUGUAUACAUGUCUCAUUAGGUUUGGUUUAUGCUAUUAAUGCUACUCUAGAUGAGAAGGUUGGGGUUUCGUCUCCUUUAGUAUAUUUAACUCCUUUACAGUCUAGGAUAGAGGGUUUUUCAAUCAAUCACAUGAUCUACAGCUGGAUUGGCCUGCAGUGGUUUAUCCUGCUCCAGUGUUCUUUGUCGUGAGCUAUGUAAAUCAAACAGAAUUGUGGUUUUAUUUAUUGAUGCCUUGAGUGAUUGAUGACUAUACUAUCUCAAAGAUGCUCUGCGCUCAUUGGUUGAUAAACUGAUAAUGAAUUGGUUGAUUGAUUGUCUCAAGAUUGACUCUUGAGUAUCUGCCAUGUGAGAGCCUCUGUGGUGGUGUAUGAUGGUUCAAAUUGAUCAGUUGAUUGAAUGAUAAACGAAUUGACUGCUUGUUUCUCUCUUCCCCUUAGUGAGCAGAGUAUCUGCCAGGCGCGAGCCUCCGUCAUGGUAUAUGAUGACGGCAGUAAGAAGUGGGUUCCCAUCAAGCCAGGCCAGCAGGGUUUCAGCCGCAUCAACAUUCUACCACAACACUGCCAACCAACAACCUUCCGCGUGGUGGGAGUCCAAACUACAGGAACCAGCAGGGUUAUGAGGUACACACACACACACACACACACACACACACCCCCACACAUUGAUCUGAAAUGGCCUUGAAGGUUAACCAUCGGACUCUCUCCAUAUCGCGCCACCUCUUCCAUCUCCCACGCUCCAUAUCGCACCACUCUCCAUAUCUCACCAACCUCUCCAUCCUCACCACCUCUCCAUCUGCGCCACCUGCUCAUCUCACCACCUACUCCAUACUCACCACCUCUCCCUUCUCACCAUCCUCGCCACAUCUCGACAUAAUCAACCACCUCUCCACCUCUCACAUCUCGCCACCGCUCAAUCUCACCCACCUCUCCAAUGCUCACCACCUAUUCUACAUCUGCGCCACCUCUCCAUCUCACCACCUCUCCAUCUCACCACCUCUCCAUCUCCACUGCUCCAUCUCACCACCUCUCCAUCUCACCACCUCUCCAUCUCUCCAUCUCGCCACCGCUCCAUCUCACCACUCCAUCUCACCACCUCUCCAUCUCACCACCUCAUCCCAUCUCGCCACCUCUCCAUCUCCCACCCUCAACUCUCCAUCUCACCACCUCUCCAUCUCACCACCUCUCCAUCUCACCACCUCCAUUCGCCACCUCUCCAUCUCGCCACCGCUCCAUCUCACCACCUCUCCAUCUCACCACCUCUCCAUCUCACCACCUCCACCUCUCCAUCUCGCCACCGCUCCAUCCACACCACACACUCUCCAUCUCACACACCUCUCCAUCUCCCACCCCACCUCUCCAUGCCAUCGACCCCAACCAUCUCCAUCUCACCACUCCAUCUCCCACCUCACCAACACCCUCCCAUCUCAACCACCUCUCCAUCUCACCACCUCUCCAUCUCACCACCUCUCCAUCUCACCACUAUCACAUCUCACCACCUCUCCAUCUCACCACUCUCCAUCUCACCAAAUCUCCAUCUCACCACAUCUACCAUCUCACACACUCUCCAUCUCACCACACUCUCCAUAUCGACCACCUCUCCACCACCUCUCCAUCUCACCACCUCUCCAUCUCACCACCUCUCCAUCUCACCACCUCUCCAUCUCACCACCUCUCCAUUGCUCCAUCUCACCACCUCUCCAUCUCACCACCUCUCCAUCUCUCCAUCUAUCCAUAUCUCCAUCUCUCCUCUCCAGGUGGUAAUCAACUACUCCAUAGUGAAGGGUCUGAAGUAUAACCAGGCCACGCCCACCUUCCACCAGUGGCGUGAUGCCCGACAGGUCUACGGACUCAACUUCGCCAGCAAGGAGGAAGCUACCACUUUCUCCAAUGCCAUGCUGUUCGCUCUCAAUGUCCUCAGCACUCAGGACGGAGGUGAGAGAGAGAGUGUGUGUAAGGGAGAUGGGGUGUGUGUGCGUGCGUGCAUGCAUGCGUAUGUGCUUGCGUUUACUGUUUUGAAUGGCUUGAUUACAACACGAUUGUCACUGACCUACUUCUCUACUAACUUGUACCUAGUGAAGGAUGUUUGUGGAGAAUUAGGUUUGAAAUAGACUAAUAGAACAUUUGCCAGCUUGCAGUUGGCUGAUCAGAUGUGUUCUGUUUUUAAACUGUAAUGUGCUAACGAGAUGAAGUAUAUGCAGUUUGACUCUGACAGACGGACCAGGGUAUCUAAGGUCACCAGAGACCGGAUUUUCAAUACUAAUGAAGCAGUUUGGCUCACAGACACACACACACCCAAACACACACGCACAUGUGGUCCUCUGUAGCUCAGCUGGUAGAGCACGGCGCUUGUAACGCCAAGGUAGUGGGUUCGAUCCCCGGGACCACCCAUUCACAAAAAAAUGUAUGCACGCAUGACUGUAAGUCGCUUUGGAUAAAAGCGUCUGCUAAAUGGCAUAUUAUUAUUAUUUAUUAUUAUACAGACAUGCAUGCAUGCACGCACACACACAGACAUGCACGCACCCAUGAUGCACACAGACACACACAAACAUGCACACACACACACGCAAACACACACACACCGACAUGCAAACACACACACAUACAUGCACACAGACACACACACACAGGUUAAACCUUAUGGGUCUCACAACAUGACAGUCAGUCAGGCAGGCUCUUUGUUUGCUUGGCUGUGUGUGUGUGUGUGUGUGUGUGUGUGUGUGUGUGUGUGUGUGUGUGUGUGUGUGUGUGUGUGUGCACAUG